GCUACGCUAUACGGUGGCAAAUUUUUAUUUUGGUAGAAUCGCAACGACCAGACAUCUGAGGCUGAGGUUGAAAUUUUUAAGUCUUCAACAACAUGAAAGUUGUGAUAAAUCAAAAAUGACAAACGCAUACUCAUUUGAUGGUCUAAUUGUGUUUGGACUUCUGGUUAUUUGUACAUGUGCCUACAUGAGGAGAGUUCCUCGUCUUAAACAGUGGUUCCUAUCAGAAAAGAAAGGUUUCUUUGGAGUCUUCUACAAAGCUUCUAUUAUUGGAACUCGUCUCCAUCUGUUCACUGCAUUAUCAUGUGUGUUCAUGGCUGUGUACAUCAUGUUCCUGAAAUGACCUUACAUCAAUGACUUUUCCAAAAUGAAACUCUCCCAGGAGCAUUGUUCAUCACCAAAUUUACAUGGAGGGUACCAUGAAAUCAGUGUGAUGGAUAGGACAGCAUUUGUACUGUGUGUGGCUUUAAUAGAUCACUUCUGGAUGAGUGUGGAAAGAACAUUGUGCUGGACAGAAGAAAUGAAACAUUUUUCAACAUGAUUUUUAUCUGAAAAGGAAGCAGAGUUAUAAGACCAUUCCAGGUUUAGUGAUGCACAAUUGGAGAUGAUCUUCUGAUAUAUGUCCUGAAACAAAAUGGCUUGAAUUCACUAAGGUGGUUUUUAAAACCAUCGGUUGAACCCAUGGUAUGCAGAUUUCCUGUAUAAAUUACCCUUAUUUACCGCAUUUUUAUAUUAAAAAAUGUCCAAUGCUGAUGCUCACUUUUGUCAGUGUGCCGAAUUGAUGCCUGUUGCCAUGGUUAUCCACGCUAUUUUAUUCACAAGUUGACUGUUUUGAAUUAAUGACUUCACUCUUCAAGCAGUGGACUCAUCAAACAGUCUGCACUCUUUAAGCAGUGAACUCAUGAAUAAAAUAGCAUACUUAACCAUGGCAACAGGCUUCAAUUUGGCGCACUGUGACAAAAGCGUGUGUCAGCAUUGGACAUUCUUUAAUGUACACAGUGAAUAAGCAUAAUUUAUACAGGAUAUCUGCAUAAAUCAUGGGUUCAACCGAUGGUUUUAACAUCCACCUUUGCGAAUCCG